GUCCGUUGGUCGAACGGGACUCCGAAACUCUGGAACGAAAGUUUAAAUUACGUAUAACUAAAGUUGGUUAAUUUAAUGCUUAUUUUCUUUAAUUUUUAUUCUUAUGUUUGUAAUGUUCUCUUUGAUCCUAAGGGAUUCGGUUUUACUAAAUACUAUCAUUCGAACCGCUGCUUAUUGCAGAAAGUGAAACGCAAAAACAGGAUAGACAAAGUGAAGAUUUGGAUAGCGGAUUGGUUUGCCCAAUUGAACAACAAAAUGGGUGGAGAUUUAGGUAGAAUCCAAACGGUUGGGCGAUACCUCAAUGAGAUAUGGAAAGCAGCUGGGAUGAAUCUAGAGCACGUAGAGUUGUGGUCUUCCAAGGAAUUUAAUUCUCGGGCACAUGAAUACUGACCACUGGUGAUGGACAUUGCUAGAAGAAACAAACUUCCUAGGAUAAUGAGGUGCUGUCAAAUUAUGGGCCGAAAUGAGCAGGAUGAGCUGACAGCUACUCAGAUAUUUUACCCAUGCAUGCAAUGUGCAGAUAUAUUUUUUCUAAAGGCUGACAUAUGUCAGUUAGGCAUGGAUCAAAGGAAAGUGAAUGUACUUGCUAGGGAAUACUGUGAUGAUAUCAAGAGAAAAAACAAGCCUGUCAUAUUGUCACAUCGUCGAGUAAAUACAGGUCCCAGCUGUAACACCCCGAAAAUAUAAAUCCUUAUAUUAGAAAAUUCAAAGAGUUAAUAAACAAGAGUUUACAAACUAGGAACUUAACCUAGUUAAGUUUAAGUCUUGAAAUAAUUCACAAUAGGGUUAAAACACAUAAACUCAAAAAUAAAACAAAGUUGAGGGUCUAAACUUGUCAAAACACAAACUAAGUUACUAAUAGUAACAAAAAUAAACCAAACAUCCCAAAAUUGGGAGUCUGGUCGAUCAAGAACAAGCAGGGGAGAGCUUCCCCACUUUCAAACCCUAAAAUCCACAAAUCCCUUAAAUUGGAGGUGCAAAUCCUAACCAAAACGAAAUCCGAGCUUAGAAUUGUGAUCCUCAUCGCAAGAGGAUUAAGAGGUAUGUAAAAUUUGAUGAGAAUUCUAUACUUGAAAUCCUCAUGAAUUUAAGCUAUCUGAAAUUUGUUGAUGCAUGAAAGUAAUUUAGUUAGAUUAAUGAUGAUAUAGUGUCUAGGAGUAAAACCUAGACAACUACAUGUGGAUUUAUGCCCAAAUUCAGGAAAUUCCAUGAAUCCAAGGAAGCUAGGUUAUGGGUUUUAUAAGAUGAUGAUGAACACCAGGACUUUGAAUGAUAAUUCUAGUAUAAUUUCAUUAUAGGAAGUAAUUCCUGUGAUAUCGAUGCUAAGCUGUGUGCAAGGUGUACUAAUUAAAGUGAAAAUUUGAGGUUUAAUUGUAAGUCAUGAACUUGGAGACGAUGGUAGGAAAAUCUGACCCGUUAGGUGUUUGUUGAAAUGCCUAAGUGAGGAUUUGUAUGUUAAAUUUGAUGGAAACGCAGAUUUUGAUCAUGUCUCAUAAACGAUGAGAAUAUGGUCAUGAAAAGAAUUCUAAACAAGUUAAAAACUGAAUUUUCUAGGCAAAGAGUCCGGAUCAUCAAGCGGACAAGCCGGAGGGAAUUCACGGGGAAAAGGCGUGCUCUAAAGGUAUGAAAUUUACUGUUUCAUUACAUUAUACUUAUUGUUAAGUUUUAUCCCAUUGUACAAACAUGAUGACCGAGAGUUACCUUUAUGUUAUGAACUCAACUAAAAGUCUUAAACAAGUAAUAAACAUGGAAAUUGAAUGUCCGUAAGGUGCUUUAUUUAGUACCCAAACGGGUCAAAACAAGUUUUGUAUAUAACAUGAAGUUAUACAUCUUUACAUAAAGCAUGGUUAUCAUUAUUGUCUAAGUUGUAAGUUGGACGCGCUAAACUUGUUGCGAAGUUAAACUCUUCAUACAGGAGUUAAGGAUCUGAAUGGGUAAGCAUGUUUAAGUAGUAUAGUUGAUAAAUAUGAAAUCUUGGAUUUAAACAUGUGUUUGACGGCGUAAGCGAUUCCUCAUGGGAAAGCGAAACAUGAUAGCGAGUAAUAAUUCAAAACAUGGGUAAUUAACCUUGGGUAGGUGAUAAACUUGUUCAAGGUUAAUUCCCUGCAAAACGGAACUAGAAUGUCUAAGAUCACAAAGCAAGAAAACAUGUGCAGAGUCUACCGUAAGUUACGGUGAUACCGUAACUUACGGUAGCCAUUAAAAUGCUACGGUGGGAUUCUUCUGCUUUACGGCAGAACAAUAAACUUCCAGGUACCACCGUAACUUACGGUGACUACCGUAAGUUACGGUAGCCCCUAGUUCCAAAUGCUGAAAUUCAUAAUUCUUGAUUUCCCUAAUUGGUUUUAACACACCUUUUCAUUUAUAUUAUUGGUCAAGGACCAAAAUACUAACAUUGGAUUAAAAUGCUCAGUUUUCAGGUUUUCUAGCAGAAGGGUGAUGAUCAAGCAUAUGCAUCCGAACCGAACACUCUAACAGACACUUCCGCACAUUAUCUAUAGUUCUAAAAACUAUGUAAACAAUUGUAGUUAUCGUCUUGAUGAUGGUUUCGUAAGAACAAUACAUGUAUGUAGUGUCUAGUUAUGGUUUAAAAUAUUAAAAGUUUUUGUAAACUCAGAAUUUUUGGUAUCAAA